AGGUCAAAGUGUUUGUGUGUGUGUGCUGAUUUUCCGAUGAAGUACAUCCUGGUGACUGGUGGUGUCAUCUCAGGCAUUGGCAAAGGGAUCAUUGCAAGCAGCAUUGGCACCAUUCUGAAAUCAUGUGGUCUACGUGUCACUGCAAUCAAAAUUGAUCCUUACAUAAACAUAGAUGCUGGAACCUUUUCGCCAUACGAACAUGGUGAGGUUUUUGUAUUGAAUGAUGGUGGAGAAGUUGACUUGGAUUUGGGAAAUUAUGAGAGAUUUUUGGACAUCAAUCUCUAUAAAGAUAACAAUAUCACCACUGGAAAGAUAUAUCAGCAUGUCAUUAAUAAAGAAAGACAUGGUGAUUACCUGGGGAAAACCGUUCAAGUUGUUCCACACAUCACUGAUGCAGUUCAGGAAUGGGUAAUGAAUCAGGCAAAAGUUCCGGUGGAUGAUGACAGACAGGAGCCACAAAUUUGUGUAAUUGAGCUGGGUGGAACCAUUGGAGAUAUUGAAGGAAUGCCAUUUGUUGAAGCAUUUAGACAGUUUCAGUUCAAAGCAAAAAGAGAAAACUUUUGUAACAUCCAUGUUAGCCUAGUACCACAGCCUAACGCCACUGGUGAACAGAAGACAAAACCAACACAGAACAGUGUUCGAGCACUGAGGGGUCUAGGCUUGUCUCCAGAUUUGAUAGUCUGCAGAAGUGCAAAACCUAUAGAAAUGGCGGUGAAGGAAAAGAUUUCCAUGUUUUGUCAUGUGGAGCCUGAGCAGGUGAUAUUUAUUCAUGAUGUUUCUUCUACUUACCGAGUACCAAUCCUGUUGGAGGAGCAAGGCAUCAUUAAAUAUUUUAAACAGAGGUUAAAUUUACCUAUUGAUGACCAGCCAAGUGAUCUUCUAAUGAAAUGGAAGAAAAUGGCUUGCAGAUAUGAAAGGUUGCUGAAGGUGUGUUCCAUAGCUCUUGUUGGCAAGUACACCAAGCUAAGUGACUGCUAUGCAUCUGUUUUCAAAGCUCUGGAACACUCUGCGCUGGCAAUUAAUUACAAACUGGAUUUAAUGUACAUAGAUUCAACAGAACUUGAACGUUCUACAGAAGCGGAGAACUCAGUGAAAUAUCACCAGGCAUGGCACAAACUGUGCAAAGCAGAUGGCAUUCUGGUCCCAGGAGGGUUUGGAAUUAGGGGAACCGAAGGCAAACUCCAAGCUAUCUCCUGGGCAAGAUCAAAAAAAAAACCUUUUCUUGGAGUUUGCCUGGGAAUGCAGUUAGCAGUUGUGGAAUUUGCAAGAAACUGUUUGAAUUGGAAAGAUGCAAAUUCUACAGAAUUUGACCCAGACACAAAAAACCCUGUUGUUAUUGACAUGCCAGAACACAAUCCUGGAGAUAUGGGGGGAACGAUGAGACUGGGGAAGAGGAGGACUGUUUUCAAAACAGAAAAUUCUGUUUUAAGGAAGCUUUAUGGUGAUGAAGCAUUUGUAGAGGAGCGACACAGGCAUCGAUAUGAGGUGAACCCAGAAUUGACUCACUGCUUUGAAGAGAAAGGUUUGAAAUUUGUUGGCCAUGAUACGGAGGGGAACAGAAUGGAAAUUAUUGAACUGGAGAAUCACCCAUAUUUUGUGGGGGUUCAGUUCCACCCAGAAUUUUCCUCAAGACCUAUGAAACCUUCACCUCCAUACCUUGGACUGUUGCUAGCAGCAACUGGGACACUCAAUGCAUACCUUCAGCGUGGAUGUAAAUUGUCUCCAAGAAAAAACGACAGCUACAGUGACCUAAGCGAUGACAGUUCUCCAGAAAAAGAGUUUCCUAAUCCUGGCACAAGCUGAAACGACUGUAUGAGAUUACAGAAAUGGAUGAUGCUAUUGAGAAACUUGGGAACAAAACAAUAUUGAAGAAAGUAGAAGACUAAGCUGCUUUCAGUUCUCAUACUGUCUCCUCCUCUAUGGCUUUCAGUAAUUCUCAUUACAGGUGACAGUUUAACUGUCCUGUAGCAAAAACAGUUCUGUGUAAAUGCUGUUUCUCUUUAAAAGUUACAAAACAGGUGUGCACCUUAGCUGUUAAUCAUUAUUGAUCUUGUUCUCUAUUUCAGAGUGAUCUUAGGUGAAUAUGUAUUAAUUCACUAGUUCACAGCUGUUCUUGAUUUGAAGAAAGAUUUGACUGGUUUCAAUUUGCCUUACAACAGGAAGACAAAACGCAUUAGUUCUUGGGAGUGAGAGGGAAUGCAGUAAAACAUUUAAGGGAAAAUUGUCUUAUUCUUGAGCAGUAGAAAACUGUUUCAGAUUUGUUUCCCUGUUAAGCUUGUAUAUAUUUUUUUUUUAACUUUUUUUGCUGUUCAAUAUGUACAAAUGAAAAAUUGUUGCUAUAUUUCAGUUCUUUGUGAUUGUAAUAAUUAAUGUUGGAUACACAUUUUUUCACUUUGCUCUUAUAAGUGAUUUGAUUCCACAUAAGUUCAUUUGCUCUAUUUCUCCUGGAAGUCUGGUAAUACUGACCUACAAAAUUACAGAAGUGAUAUUAGAAGCUGGUUUUGUAUUUAUAUUUUGUAAGAGAGAAAGUAAAUGCAAUCAUAUUGAACACUUGUGUGAAAGUUGUAGAAGAACCAGUCACAAACCUGGAGUGUUUUCUAGGAUGUUUUUCUGCAUCCAGUGACCACUCCAUUGUCACAGCACUUAAUCCCCAGUAGAAUACAAUGAUGUGUUUCAAUUUAAAAAUCACAAGUUCUUCCACUGCAUGCAAGCAACUGCAAGCAGCCCUCCAAAGCCAGGACUGGAGCCUGAAUCACUGAGACAGGAGAGGAAGGUGAGAGGUGCUGUACUGGAUGUAAGGCUGGAUCCCAUUAGCAGUGGGGCAUCAUCAAACCUGUCACAGAAGCUGGACCUGAGCUAUGUAACUGAUGGGCUCCAGAUGCCUGAAACACACUUUCCUAUAAAGAAAAAUUCGGAAUUCUGAGUGUCGUGUUUCAUUUUGGUUUUGGGCAAAAUGACUUUUUAAAAAUUCAUCAAAAAUUAAAUAUCUGCACAAAAUUAAAAGGCACCAUGUCCCUUAUUACAGCUUUGUAAAACAUCAAGUUUGAAGCUUUGCAUUGCUCUAGGAAAUCUCAGGUUACACAGCCAGUUUAUCUGUUUAGUAAAAGAAGCUUUAAUGAUAGUGAAAUAUAAAAUGUAUUCCUAUGGCAUUACUUUUCUAAAGCAGUUUGCAAAUGUGUGCCUUAGAAAUAGUUAUUGACAGAAUUGAUGUCACUGUGUGUCUUCCCCACUGAGAGGCACUGGCCACUGGUUUGUGAAAAGUGAAGAAUUUCCUAAGAUUGUCUAUAAUGUGCAAAUGUAUUUUCAAAAUAUUUUCAAUAAAUGGUAUUAUUCAGAA